AUGUCUGAAUCUUCUCAAACCACUAAGUCUACUCGAUCCACACGAUCAAAGGCAAAGAUUGAAUCGUCUCAAAUCAUCAAAGAUGUUGUUCCUGUUACGAAUGUUCGUACUAGCACAACCAAAGUUCAAUCAAGUGUUGCUGAGAAGAAAGUAAAAGGAAAAUCAGUUGAAAAGAAGAAAAUUCCUAAAGUAAGUGACGAUAUCUCUCCUUCUAUUGAUAAAUCUAGUAAAGGAAGUUCUAAGAAGAAAAGAAGAGAUUACAAAUCUAGAAUCCCUCUGUCUAUGUCUGAUUUGGUUUUUGAGUCGAAUGUUAACACAUCUGAGAAAGCAACUGAAACCAACGAAGGAGAACCUCAGAACCCUAAUCCUGUGUCUGAAGUUGUUGAAACAAUUAUUCCAACCGCUGAUAACCCUAGUCAGGUGGAUUUGGGAUCUGACGCUGAAAGGAAGGAUCUUAAUUCUAAACCAGUUGAAACUGAAAUGGAAGACGCCCCGACAGAGGUUGAACCUGAAAUUGCUGAUAAAUCACCAACAAUUGCUGAGAUGGUGACUAAAAAAUCAACCCAUGUUGUCACUGAAGAAGUUGUCAUGCCGGAUGUUGAGACAUCCCUGAAUGAGCAUGAAGAAGUUGAAACUGUUGAGAAGGAAGCCACAAAGGAAACUGCAGUUGAGAAAGAUGUUGAGACAACUUGCACAACAUCUGAAUCUUCUGCUGAAGGAACUGGAACUGCUCAAGAAGAUACCUCUGCUGAUGAAGAGGAUACUCAGACUGAAGAGAGUAACCAAGAGGCUGAAGCUGACAAAUCUGUAGAAGCUGAGAAAGAGAAAGAAAAAGAUAAGAAGGAGACCCUGAAAAGGAAGAAGGAGUCAUCUAGUGACUCAGACUAUGAUGCUGCUGAAGAUGUUACUAACAUCCCAUCUCUAAACCCUAAGAAGGCUACUGCAAAGAAGGCUCCUCAAGGUAUUGAAGAAGCCCCUUGUGACAACAUUUCUUUCCAUCGUGCUGCCUUUGCACUAAGAUGGGACUACAUCUACCAGAGGAGAUUAGCUGUUGAGAGGGAAUUGACCAAAGAUGCUCUAAAAUAUGAGGAUGAUGACUCUCAUAGUAGUAAUGAUGAAUGA